UGAACGGAAAGACCCUUCUACGUCUCUCUCUCUCUCUCCUGUCGGAGUCGGAUCUCUCUCUCUCUCUUUUUUUAUAUCUUUUUUAAACCCUAGUCUCCCAAACUAAACUAGCCUCUGCAACAGUUGAGAGAAAACCAAGCACAUCGACUAUGGCGGCCUCAUACGACUACGAAGACACGGUCGCCGGUGAACCAGAUGCCCUAGGGUUCGACCCAAACUUCGUUCCUGACUCAGUGAAAUCGUUCGUAGUCCACCUCUACCGUCACAUUCGAGAGAAGAACGUGUACGAGAUCCACCAGAUGUACGAGACCUCAUUCCAAACCCUAAGCGAACGCAUGUUCAAGGACACUCCUUGGCCCUCCGUCGACGCCGUCUCUCAGUACGUCGACAAUGAUCACGUCUUCUGCUUGCUCUACCGCGAGAUGUGGUUUCGCCACCUCUACGCUCGUUUGUCUCCAACUCUUCGCCAGAGAAUCGAUUCUUGGGACAAUUAUUGCAGUCUCUUUCAGGUGGUGUUGCAUGGAGUGGUGAAUAUGCAGUUGCCGAACCAGUGGUUGUGGGAUAUGGUGGAUGAGUUUGUGUACCAAUUUCAGUCGUUUUGUCAAUACCGAGCUAAGAUGAAGAACAAGACUGAGCAGGAGAUUGCGCUCCUUCGGCAGUUUGAUCAGGCUUGGAAUGUGUAUGGUGUACUCAACUUUUUGCAAGCACUUGUUGAGAAAUCCAUGAUCAUUCAAAUUCUAGAGCAGGAGAAGGAAGGCCUUGAACAAUUCACUGCAACUGAUGGAUAUGAUUACAAUGGUGGAAGCAAUGUGUUGAAGGCCUUGGGGUAUUUCAGCAUGGUGGGCUUGCUGCGAGUCCAUUGUCUUUUGGGUGAUUAUCAUACCAGUCUAAAGUGCUUGCUGCCCAUUGACAUAAGCCAACAAGGCGUCUACACUAGUGUUAUUGGAAGCCACAUCACCACCAUAUAUCACUAUGGUUUUGCUAAUCUUAUGCUGCGGAGGUAUGUAGAGGCGAUUCGAGAAUUUAAUAAGAUUCUGUUGUACAUUUACAAGACCAAGCAAUAUCACCAGAAAUCUCCGCAAUAUGAACAGAUACUAAAGAAGAAUGAGCAAAUGUAUGCUUUGUUGGCAAUUUGUCUUUCUCUUUGCCCCCAAGUAAAGCUUGUUGAUGAGACUGUGAACUCACAAUUGUGGGAGAAGUACGGUGAAAAGAUGUUGAGAAUGCAGAGAUAUGAUGACGAGGCAUUUGCCCUCUAUGAUGAGCUCUUCUCAUAUGCAUGUCCCAAAUUCAUUACUCCCUCAGCUCCAAGUUAUGAGGAGCCUCUUAUAAAUUACAAUCAGGAUGCGUAUAGACUUCAGUUGAAGCUCUUCUUAUACGAAGUCAAGCAACAACAGUUGCUAUCGGGUGUCCGGACCUUCUUGAAAGUUUAUUCAACCAUCUCCCUUGGGAAGCUUGCAACUUAUAUGGAAGUGGAUGAACCCACUCUGAGGACAAUUUUGAUGACAUACAAGCAUAAAACUCACGCUGUUGAUUCUGAUGGAAAAAUCAUCUCCAAUGCUGACAUUGACUUCUACAUGGAUGAUGACAUGAUUCAUGUGGUUGAAUCAAAAUCAGCUAAGCGAUAUGGGGAUUACUUCUUGCGGCAGAUUGUCAAGCUUGAAGCGGUGAUGACCGAUAUGGACAGGAUGAAGCUAGACUGAGUCGGCCAUCUUAGAAUUUUCCUUUGCGCCUUGCUCCAGUUUCUACUGCCAUUGGAAGAGAUUUUUAUUUAUUUAUUUUUUCCUAGUGUCACUUUUUGGGUCUUUUUGUGUACCACAGGGAUUAGAAUUCAUCGUAGUUGCAUAAUCUGAUAUCUUAACCAUUUUUGUAUCUGACUAACAUGCAAUGGUCCUCCAAAGUAGUGAUUUUAUUUAUUAUAUAUUGUUAUUAAUACAAAUAUGACUAGUGGAUCUCACUAAAUCAAUGCAA